UGAUUGCCGUCUGUCAUUUACAAUGCGCUGAAAAUUACCGAUGCGUACGCGCGUUUGCUGUUGCGUUCGCUGCUUGAGCUGGUUCGCUGCGAGUAAGUUCGCAAUACGUUCACGGCCGUUCGAGUGUGUAUGUGCACACGCUCUCUUGCCGAAAGUGAACACGGCCGUUGCGCUCGCGCGCGCGCGAGCAACCGUGCGCGAGAUAGGCACCCUUGGAGGUUAAUCUCUCAUUCUCGCUCCGCUGUAUAUAUAUAUAUAUAUAUAUGUGUAUAUAUAUAUACACACACAUCAUACAUACAUACACACGAACACACACACGCUAAUAAUACAACCGAUUCAGCCUGACACACGUACCGUGCGAUCGGACGUGUCUCGAGUAUCAGACGUGUGCGGUAUCGCGAGCGAAGUACGUGAGUAUUUGACGUGCGCCACGCGCGCACUCACUUAUGUGCGCGAUGUGAUUCCUUAUCCUUGAGAGUGUUCAUCAAAGUUUUACGAUACACACCGUUUCCCCGAGGAGAACGAAGGAGUGAGGAUGCCGUAAAUGUCAAAUCCGUAUUUCUCGUGUUUUUAUGAAGCAGGAGGAGCCAUACUCGAGCCUGAGUUACCUCGGAUAGCAGGCGAUGUGGAUUAGUGGUUACAGAGAAGAUUCCAUGGAUCAAAUAUUCAACGAUCUCAUACACGAGUGCAAAUAUGUGGCGCCCGGGGCACAGCUGACUUACUCCCUCAGGAAUCGCCUGGAGAAGUAUAAGAAGGUGCGGACAGAAAUAGUGUCCCGUACGAAGGACGGUUGUGCUCCGCUGUUCAUCGCCUGUAAGAGGGGCAAUGUGGAGAUUGUGGAUUAUUUGAUUACCGUGUGCGGUGCUAACGUCGAACAGAGAGGGAAGUACGAAGUGCCGGACGAGAGGUCCGUUCAUUGUGUCACACCGUUGUGGUGCGCCGCUGUUUCUGGAAAACUUCCCGUUAUGAAAUGCCUUAUAUCCCAUGGAGCUGAGAUCAACGCAGUUUCGGAUUCCGGUUCUACUCCUGUCAGAUCUGCGUGCUUCAUGACACAUUUGGAUAUCGUCUCUUAUCUAGUGGAACACGGCGCCGAUAUACUAAAAGCGAAUUACAACGGCGGGACGUGUUUGAUAAAUUCUGUACAAAGUGUAGAAUUAUGCACUUAUCUCUUGCAACACGGCGCCGAUGUGAAUGCGACGGAUAUUCAAAACAAAACUGCCUUACAUUACGCCAUUCAGGAGCAUAGGCUCGAGACUACUAAACUUCUCUUAGAACACAAUGCGAAUCCUCAUCUUAAGUCUAGAUAUAAUGACGAUGCUCUUCAGACUGCCUGCCUUAAAGGAGCCAUUCAUAUAUUCGAAUACUUAGUGGACACGGUAGCGUAUUCGCCGGAAAAACUGGCGGACGCGAACGAAUUGAUGGGGUCUACAUUUUUGGAUGAGCAUAAUGACACCCAUACGGCGUUACGGUAUUGGCGGAGAGCGAUGGCGAUCAGAAUCGCCAACUCGGUCGACGGAGCACCUUUGCCGAAAAGGCCUGUGCUACCGAAAUGCGAGGCUUACAGAAACGCCAGGGAGUUCGCGACUCUCGAAGAACUGAAUGCCGUUGCGCUCGACCUGGACGCAAUUAGAAUACAAAGUUUACUCAUAUGCGAGAGGGUAUUAGGCCCGCAUCACAAGGAUACGCUCUUCCAUCUGAUGUUCCGGGGUGCGACUUAUGCGGACGCGCUCAGGUAUCAAAACUGCAUAGACUUGUGGCGGCGAGCGUUAGAGAUCAGAGUCGAGAAGGAUUCGAUUUUGUACACCGAUACCUGCUUCGCCGCGCAAGUCCUCCUAAGGCUGAUGGUAGAUCUAAAUGAGAAAACGUUGGAAGUGGUGGAUCGUAAUCAAGACACACAGGAGCCAAAAUUUCGAGAUGUCGUAGCGAUCUUCAAAUUGCUCUCCGGCCAAUUAACGGAAGCUAGAGAGCUGUUGGAGAAACGUCCCGUGCACAAGAGACAAAAGGACUGUUACGAGCGUAUCCUGAAGUGCGUGACGCAUCUCAUCUACUUGUUGGUGGAAACAGCGAGAUCCGAGGACGAGAAGGAUCUGAUGCACCAACUAGUCCGUGAUUUAGUGAAGAAAAACCCGAGAUCCGUUUACACGGGGGAUACGCUGCUUCAUUUGUGCGUUUCUAGCUUAAAUACGGUCAAUUCGAAUUAUUUUAAUCCUGCGGACGAUAUACAUACGAUCUUUCCACGCCUGGAUGUCGCUAAAUUGCUCUUGGAAUGUGGAGCGUACGUUGAUGCGAAGAAUAUCUUACGCUCGACGCCUUUACACAUAGCGAGUAGAGGCUGCAAUUUCGAUAACCACCUCGUGAAAUUGCUAUUGGAUUACGGGGCGCAUUUAGAUACACCAAAUAGAGCGGGCGAUACUCCAGCGCGACUGUUGUCUUGCAACCCUUUGAACACGGUGAAUCUUGUUAGCUACAUUAGCCUUCAGUGUCACGCCGCUCAGGCUAUUUAUAAAUAUGGAAUUCGCGGCACGGAUUUGCCUGUUACGCUACAUCAUUUUCUAGAACUCCAUAAGGAAUGACAUUAUUGGACAUGAUAAUAACAACAAUAAAAACAACAACAACAACAACAACAAUAAUAAUAAUAAUAAUAAUAUAUUUUCAAAUACGAACGUUUUGGUGCGCAUUGAGAACAGUCGUAUAAUGUAAUUUAUCGUAAUCCCAAAAUGUAUGUGUGACAAUAUCGAAGGAAUUAUGAAUGUAUAGUGAUAUGAUGUACGUUAUGCUAAUUACUAAUAUUUGUAAUUGAUUAGUACUAAUUGUAAGUAAGUCCAUAGGUGAGGCAUACGUAACAUAAAAUAGUGAGAUUUAUACUAAUAUCGGGAUUUUAAUUGAAGAAAGUAUCUAUGUUUAGAAUGCUAAAAUUCCUGUUAAAUUAUGAUCUAAGUUGUAAAUGCAGCGGCGGACAGGCUUAAGGUAUCAAACUGAAAAGACUGAGCGAAAAAAAAAAGAAGAUUCUUCUUCUGCAAACUUUCUCAGUUAGAUACUCUGCAAUAUGUAAAAUAUCGUUUUCAUACCUCUGUACGAUAAAACUCGCGUGACUUGACUAAUGAAGUGUUACGCACACUAUCGUUGUCUAUGAAGAAGAAGAAAAAUAAAAGAUGUUCGGGUCUUCCUAGCUCCUCUAGAUGCUGAGCUCGAUUUUGAUAUGCUUAUCGUAGGGCAAUCCCUUUUCGCUCGUGGAAAUAUGUUAAACAGGCGAUAAAUGGGAAAUUGUGAAAAAUUGUGUAUAGUUAUUGAGAUACUGUUUACGCAGCGAGGUAAUGUUGGUAAACGAUUUUCUGGUGUCUACCGAGCAAGAUUUGAAGAAUAUCGUUAUUAACGCUAAAGAUAAUUCGCGUUUAAACAUUGCCAUAACCAGCAAUGUGAGAUUACUUGUCUCAGAAAGAAAAUAAGCAAAGGUGCAUAAAAAGAAAAAAAAACACCAUGUAACAGGAGGAUGUGAAAUUAGUAUAGCGUUAAUUAAAGUUUCUCUUUCACAAGUUCUCUUUGCUAAAUUUAAUUUAUUUUUUUAUCUUAAUCCCCUACUUGUAUCUGGUCUACGUACUUUUAAGUGUAUUUUUGUAGUUGUUUCGCAAAUUUUAUUAAUAUUUUAAUAAAUUUACAAUAAAAUAAUAAAUUAAUGAUUAAUCAAUUAAAGCCACUAGUGAAUCACACAAUGCUGGUUUUGAGAAAGGCAAUGUUAAAACUAUUGCGGUGCUAUAAAAAAAAUGAAUUCUGAUAAUGUAAGGAACAAAGUAGUACAGAGCGAAUCUUUGCACAGAGACGUCGUCUAGAUUAUAAUAAAAGUCGAUACUUGUGCUUUCUUCA